AUGAGCGCUUCCUUCCCACAAUCUGACUCCAAAACAUCAUUGCUAAAAACGUCCUCGAGUAGAUCCACGCACGUCCACGAACGCACGACUGAGAGUCGGAGAAGUCACCAUCAGCAUCACCAUCACCGUCCCGCAGCCUCCGCAGCUGCCGCGCUCCAAAGCAAUGGAACCGCCGAGGACGCUUACUUGUCUGCGGGGAGCGACGUCAGCGCCCGGAGACCGUUGUGCCACCCUACGCUCACCGGCAGCCGGGACAGAGGUGAAUCCACACGGGUCAAGUGUCGACCCCACGCAUCUGACAGCCACCUUCCGGAUCCACCUGAACCGCUCGGUGAGGCCGGUCACGGCGUGAGAGAACGCGGCGCACACAGACACCACCGCCGCAGGAAGCACAACCGGGAGGAGCGACAACCCGCAGCCGGACCGCCCGAACCAGAGCCACCGCCAGAGUCGGAGCAUCGCCGUCGUUACCGAGCACGUCCUCUCCCGAGGAUGCCCCCUCUCUCGGACAACCAUGACGAUAGGACUCCCCUGUGCGAACCGAGGGACCAGAAGAGGGCCAGUUUGACCAAAAGCGGCGGUCGGGCCAGUAGGUCCCCGCCGUCUGCCAGCUCGCCGGUGCCGCUGUCUAGCACUUCCUCUCGCCGCUCCCGGAGGUCCAGCGCUGCUUCUUUUGCAUCGGAUGUCAACCUUCGUGCUGUCCUCAAUUCACUCUUUGGCCAGGACAGAGAGCUACGUCCAGAGGAAAUGGAUGAGUUGCGGGAUGCAUUUAAAGAGUUUGACAAGGACAAAGACGGUUUUAUCAGCUGUAAAGACCUUGGAAACUGCAUGAGAACUAUGGGAUACAUGCCCACUGAAAUGGAGCUGAUUGAAUUGAGCCAGCAGAUAAAUAUGAACCUGGGCGGUCAUGUUGAUUUUGAGGAUUUUGUAGAGUUGAUGGGUCCAAAACUCCUUGCCGAAACAGCAGACAUGAUUGGAGUAAAAGAAUUAAAAGAUGCCUUCAGAGAGUUUGACACAAAUGGAGAUGGUGCCAUAAGUACGUCUGAACUUCGAGAUGCAAUGCGGAAGCUUCUGGGCCAUCAGGUGGGUUUGAAUGAAGUGGAGGAUAUUCUGCGGGAGGUUGAUUUGAAUGGUGAUGGGCUUGUUGACUUUGAAGAGUUUGUACGAAUGAUGUCUCGUUGA